AUGUUUCCCGGUGGCGGUAAUCCGUCGUUCACGUCGCCAUCGGCGGCGCAGCAACAACAGCAACAACAACAGAAUGCGAGUAACAUGAAUUUGGCAGCAGCACUCUAUCUUCAUCCCUCACUUGGCAUAUCUAAUCAAGCGUAUACGCAGUUUUAUCAGCAGGCUCAACAGCAACAACAACAGCUACAACGUCACUAUGAGCAGUUGGUUGUUGCGCAGGCAGCAGCCGCACAAAAUGCACAACUCGCCUUUCAG